ACUCGCGACCUCUCCAGCUGUGCCUCGGUAUGCCUCGGAAGACCAAUCCUGCUGCCGAAGGCUCUGACAGCAAGAUUGAGCAGGCUCCUCGCCGCUCGACCAGGCUGUCAACUGCACAGAGUGUAGCGAAUGACUCGACUGCCAGCAAUGCUAAACGUACCAGAGACGUGGACGAGGCAGACGUAGGCUCUGCAGCCGGUUCCAAGAAGGCAAAGAGUACUGAUCGCAGUACGAAGGAUGCCAAGGGCUCGGAAGUUACGGACGACUCUGCAGCUGACUCCGCAAUAUCUGCCAUUCCUCCGAUCAACAUAGGGGAUAAGCUCCCUUCAUUGAUCCUCAAAAAUGAACAAGAUGAGGAUGUUGAUGUCGCCAGUUUGACCACAGACAGAGGAGUAGUACUGUUCCUUGUCCCGAAAGCCGACACCCCUGGAUGUACAAAUCAAGCAUGUGGAUUCAGAGAUUCGUACCCGGAUUUUACUUCGGCAGGUUUCGAUGUGUAUUGCCUAAGUGCGGAUAAACCUGUUGCACAGAGUAAAUGGAAGACGAAGAAACACCUUCCAUAUGCUUUACUGUCCGAUCCUAAGCGUGUUUUGAUCACUGCGUUAGGUGCCGGAGAAGGAGGGAAGACCAAGCGUAGUCACUUUGUGUUCCUGAAAGGUGGACAAUUGGCGGACAAAAAGUUGCCGGUGAAGCCAGUAGAUAGCCCGAAGCUUGCAUACGAGUUCGUUCAAACCAUCUCCAAGGAAUGAUAUGCAGAGAUAUGUCCGCUUACCUCUGAGCCGCCUGUAGUCAACAUUUGUGAUCUCAAUCAGAUAUCUAGUCCGUCUUCUAGGACCAUUCUCUGCCA